CAGACAACACAGACCACAAGAUGUUCAGGUUGGUGGUGUUGUUAACUUUUCUCGCUGCUGUAGUGGCGGAACCUGCUGCAGUUUUUGCACCUAUUGUCUACAAGACAAGUGUUAUCUCACCCGCUACAACAACAGUCAACCACCAGGCCAGCAGUGUCAUCCAUCCAUCUCCAAUACACCCUGCACCCAUAACUUAUGCUGCACCCCUCGCCUACGCCCAUCUCAUCAAGAAGAGAUCUGCUGGAUUUGCCUACAGCUCCGUCGUGGCUCCGGCUGCAUACGUUGCGAAGCCUUUGAGUUAUGUCGCACCAUUGGCAACCUACACCAGCUUUGCACCCUUGGCGACUACCUACGCCUCGCCGGUAUAUGCUACUGCUCAUUUCAUUAAGAAGAGAUCUACUUCAUUGCUCUUUCCCACUAACUACUCUUAUCUAGCACGUACAAUACCUGCUGUUGCACCCUUAGUAACGUCAUACCACCAGGCACCCAUUUACUCGACUCCCUUUGUGUCCACCACUCCAAUUGCCUAUUCUCAUUUAAUUAAAAAGCGGUCAGCUCCUUUAGCUCUUACUUAUGCUGCACCCGGAUCAUUCUCUCAUCAGUCCAGACUAGACAUCCGCACGUCUCCCGUUGUAACUUCUCAUAUUCCUUUUAUUCAUUCUGCUCCCAUAACCGUUGCCUCUUAUUUCUAAACGCUUCUUAAAACAUUUUGACGAAAUGAAGGGAAAUAAACUCAGAUUCAAAAUUCUUUCUCAUAAUUGAUGUACAAGUGUAUAAACAACAAAUGUAAAUAAAUUGA